AAUGGAACGCGGUAUAUAGAUCCGAGGUUGUCGACUUCCGCGUCGAUACUCAAGGUAACUUGCCUCAGAUCAUCCAACUCCAGGUCCCAGUAGGGAGCCUGCAGAUCUUUGUCACUUAUAGCCAUCCGUACUUCGGCGUCAGGCAUUGUUAGGAUUGAGUUGGUCAGUGAGUGUCGUCCAUUUUUUCUGCCGUUGAUUAUACUUCUUGAAACUCGUGUACUCAACAUGAGGCGCACUCGCUUCAGAAUCCCACUUGUGGUUUAUCGUCACUCCAGUGGAGAAUCUGGAAGCUCCUUUCCCUCACAUCCCUGCUUUUCUUAUGAUACCUCUUGAGGCUGGUAUUACUGUCAUACUGUGGCGCGUACAUAUCCGUAACAAUUGCACUGCAAUUCUUCGAGGUCAUUCAUGGCUACGGCAACGGCACGAAAUGUGGAUCCAAAUCCUCGUGGACACCGUGGAGUCGACCGCACUCUCUUUGAAGUUGAUGAAGAGCGACAGCAAGCAAUACGCAAGGAGAUAGAGCAUAAACUCUCUCCUAUCGUCAAUAAAGCUAAGCAGGAUAGGCAGGACAGACUUGCUAAAGCUGAUAACGAUAGCGAUCGCCAACGGGUCGAGGAGGAUUAUGAGAGCGAAAUGAAGACGUUAAUCCGAUUGGCGGAGGAGCAGUUCAGGGUCGCCUUGGAACGAGAAAGGCAGGAGAUGCGGAAGAUGUCGAGAGGGAAUCAGGACUCGUUUCAUCAAGAGGGAUUCAUUGAUGAACAACGCGCCAUAUUUGAGGAGAUUCAAAGAGAAAGGACAAAGAGCGGAGGCGCCUCUGAUCGCAAAUCGACCGAUUCUGUUGUAGUCUCUCGGGAUGAAGUGACCGACUCUAGGAAUCUCAGUGUGGGCAGUCCGCAUGGUGCAAGAAUGGGCAAAAGUCCUAAUCUUGACCCUCAUCAACCUAUGCCCCAAUCGCUCGUCCACACGAGUGAGAGACCUAUCGGGUCUGCAGGCUCUGCAUACGCCGAGGAAGAUCUGUAUGAGUCGGAAUUCCUGGAUGAUGACGAUCUUGAAGACGAGCAACCAUUUCCUUUUGUUGGAUCGCCCCCAAGCAUGCCUUCUAUGAGCAGAAAACAAAGUGUUACCUCAUUAUCCAGUGUUCGGGGCAAAGAGGACUACUGGUACUCGGCGUGGUCAGCUGGAGACCCAGCGAGUACGUCUCAUAACCUGAACUUCGCCCACUCGCCUUCUCCCGGUGGUCCUUCGCGACGUAAUAGUAACGCCAGUAGCUUUAGAUCGGGUAUUGCGUCUUCUGCACCACAGCGCACCUCUGGGCCAGCUCCUUCGGCUGCGUGGACACAACCCAUUCCCCCGAAUGCACAACCCUGGGGCCCGGAGCACACAGAACCUGCAUCCAUUUCACCAGUUUCACCCCUCGGAAGGCCUGAGCGGGAACAGCAAGAGUUUCAGUGGAGUAAUUCACAGAAGAUGAGAUCAGAUUACCAACAGAUUGAGGGUCAAAGAUUGCAUGGGAAGCGACAUCCGUCGAUUGGCAGUGAAACUGCUUCUCGUCGUCUAGAGUCUCGAGUUUCUCCUAGGCCUAUUCCUAUACCAUCUUCAACUACUCCAGAGCAACCUCGGACACCCGAUUCCUAUAGGCAGCAGUCAAGCUAUACCGGUGGUGGCGCACGUCAUUUCGAAUCUGAAGAGCGGGGUGUUCCUAUUCCGAGACAGACUCGCACUUAUAUAGCUCCGCAAGGUUCGCCAGAGUAUAUGCGCGAUUCUCCAGUUAGCUAUGGCUCACAUCGACGAAUUUCAAGCAAACGAUCAUUCACCGCAGAAGAAUUCUCUCAGGCUAGCCCCAGCAGUACUCGAGGUGUCUUCGGCCCAAGUAGUCCAGUGUUCAUGAGACGACAAGAUUCGCGGGGGUCCGUGCGAUCUGUACGCUCGCAGUCCAAAAGUCGCCCAGAGUUGUAUUCGCGUGCUGAAUUCGACGCAUACUCACGACAGAAUGUUGGAACGUUUGAAGAUUUUCCGCCGUCUCCUCAGGACUCUUAUGUGGAUAUUUUUGAUGAGGAGGAUGCAGACUUCAAUGUUGAGUCACUGAUGAUACGAUCCAUGCAAGCGAAGCUCAGGGAGGAGGAGGCGCGCCGAAGGGAUGAGGAGCUUCGGAAAAAGGAAGAGGAGACACGAAAGAAAGAGGAGGAGAUAAAGCAGAAAGAGGAAGAGCUUCGUAGACGGGAGGAGGAGCUGGAACGCAGGGAGGCUCUGCGAAAGAAGGAAGAAGAGCUUCGGCAGCGGGAGGAGGCUCUACGUCGCAGAGAAGAAGAAGCCCAAAGAGAAGAAGAAGAGCGGCAACGACAAGCUCUGCGGCGUCAAGCGGAAGAAGAGGCACGUCGUUUAGAAGAGCUCAAAGCUGCUCAAGAACGAGAAGCAGAGUUGGCUCGGCUGGAAAGGGAGCGUUUGGAAGCAGAAAGGUUGAGGAUGGAGCGGCUAGAAAAGGAGCGGGCGGAAAAGGAGAGACUAGAGGAGGAGCGGUCAGAGAAGGAGAGGCUGGAGAAAGAGAGACUGGAAAAUGAGAGAUUGGAAAUGCUGGCUGAAGAAACAAGGAAGCGAAGGGAGGCUGAGGAGAAGGCAAAGGCCGAGCAGGAAAGGUUGGAGGCGAAGGCGGAGGCUCAGCGUCAGGCAGCGACUCGCGCAAAGGUGGAAGCAGCAAGAAAGAGAGAGGAGGAGAGGGUGAAAGCGAAGAGUCAGUCCAAGGAUGGUUGGGGCUGUCAAGAGGAGAAUUUGUUUAAGAAGAUGGACGAGGAAGAGAAACAACGGAAAGCCGAACAGGAGGAGGCCGAUCGACGUUUUGCACAGCAGGUGCAGGAGGAAGAGGCUCGUAGGGCGGAGACUGAGGCAAAGGUCAAGGAACAUCUGGAAGCUCAACGCAGAGCUGAAAUGCUGUCGCAACACGAGUCCUUCCAACGAAUGCGGGAAGAAACCAACCGCAGACAGCAGGAAGACCUUCUACGUCAGGCAGAGACACGCAGGCGUCAAGACAGUUUGGGAGGUUCCUCAGAUAAAGGCCGUUCUCCCGUUACGCCCAAUUCCGCUUCGUCGUAUACGAACGGGCCUUGGAGUAUUCCUCGCAGCAGUUCUACUGCCAGCAAUGCUUCAGCUGAUCGCACUAAUUCCGGCUCGAGCUUUAGCAACGCAUCAAACCGGUCGUAUGGCACAUCCGCGUCCAAUACUAGUUACUCAUCCUCGUCGCAUUUCCCAGCUGGGGCCAAACCAACCGCAUCUGCAUGGAAGCCAGCACAUUCCACUCCCCAGAAAUCAUCAAGUACUAGUUUUGCGAGAGCCGCACCUACCAGCGCAGCGCCUGAUGACGACGAACGGGAGCGUUGGAAGCAGAGGCAAGAAGAGGAGGCAAAGAGACAAGCAGAGCGCUUCAAGAAGGAGCAAGAACGUGCGGAGAGGGAACGUGAAGCGAGAGAAGCGCGGUCUCUGAGCCAACCGGAGUUCUUGCGAUUGCUCGAGGAGCACGACCGUCUCUGGAAUCUCCUCCCACAAGCGGAACAUCUCGGUUGGGCUAGUUUUCCAUGGCCAAGUUUAAAGAAGGUGAAUCGCGUUGAGGACUUGACACCUGAAGCAAUCGGUUCCUACUAUUUGAAUCAUCUUUGGCCCGUUGAGAAGUCACCAAAGGAGCGUAUAAGGGAGCAUAUACGCCACUGGCAUCCCGACCGCUUUGAGAGCACAUACCUGACAAAGGUCAGGGAUUCCGACCACGAGAAGGUAAAGGAGGGUGCUGGAAUAGUUGCGCGGACUUUGAAUGAUUUACUAAGACGCACAACGGCACCCUUGUAGGAGCUCUCGUGAUUUGUGGAGUAAGUUCCAUCCGUCAAAUAUACUAGAUGUGCUUACCUGACUGUUCCGCUCCUUACAGCUUCAACAGGAUGUACUUUGAUACCCUCCAUGCAUUUGUAUCAUUAUCAACCACACGAUAUUGUAUUUCGCGACUUGUAUACCGAUAACCUGUACAACGCUUGCAUUCUCCACUCCAUUUCUAAUAAUCAGACAUAUCAAUGUAUCUUUGGCCG